AAAACUUCUCUCCUUUAAUUAAUUAAUGAAAAGUUAUUAAUUAAUUUAAUUAUUGAAAUACAACAGUUGUAAAAAUGGAAAAAGUUGACGGUAAAACAACCUCAACAGGCUUAAAAGAAUUAAAUUCAAAAAUUGAUCAUGAUGCAUCAGAAGAUAAAAUGCUGGAAGAGGAUACAAAAUUUGUUACGAAGAAUGAAGCAGAAUUGAAAUUCAUAUCUGAUGAGAAAAAAAAUGGUGAUGCUAAAGUGGAUAUUGGAAACUUAAAAGCUGGUUUUGUUGGAAUGGGAAAAGAAGAAUUAAUGCGUUAUGCAAAUGAUCCAUUUUGGAUACGUUUACGAUGGAUUCUUUUUAUUCUUUUUUGGCUGGUCUGGUUACUUAUGUUGGCUGGAGCUAUUGGAAUAAUUAUAGCCGCACCAAAAUGUACUGCACCGCAACCACGAAAAUGGUGGGAAGAAGGACCUCUCAUCGACUUGAACUUCUUUUAUAAUAGUGAAAAUAAUGAUACCAGCGUUUUACAAAAUAUUGGUGCUAAAAAUUUAAUUUUAUCUGGCCUAGAAGAAACAUAUUCAUUAGAUAACGAUAAAGAUUCAUAUGUACAAGAUAUAAUCAAAGCGGGUUAUAAAGUUAUUUUAGAAUUAACACCUGGAUCCACUGAACAGUGGUUUAAUGCAUCCGUUUAUCGUCAAGAGCCGUAUACAAAUUAUUACAUUUGGGCAACAAGCAUUCCAAAGCACUGGGUAUCACCAAUACGUAAUAGUUCAUCAUGGGUAUUUUCGGAUGAACGAAAUGAAUAUUAUUUGAAACAGUAUGAGAAACCCGAUUUAAAUUUCCGUAAUAAAGAUGUCGUGGAAGAAUUUAAUAAAAUUAUACGUCAUUGGUUGAAUUUGGGUGUAUCAGGAUUUCGCCUAUCUAGAGUUGAUCGAUUAUUAGUUGAUCCUGAAUUACGUGAUGAAUCAAUUGGAGGAGUCAAUUCAAAAGCAUCAUUUGAUGAACCUGGUUACUAUACACAUAAGUACACAAGGAAUCAAGAAGAUUUAGGUGAAGUGUUAUAUCCAUGGCGUCAAAUUGUUCAUAAUUUAACAAAUUCUGAAGGUGUAUUGAUGUUAACUGAAGAUACAGAAAAUUUACAACCCUACACAUACAAUGAUACAAUUUUAACAAUAGAUUUACCAAGCUAUGCACCAAUAUUCAAUUUAGAAAAUCGAACAUAUUCAGCAUCAAAACUUGCACGAGGAAUUCAAGAUUCAUGGGCCGUUUUAGGAUCUGAUAAUUGGCCAGCAUGGAAAUACAAAGCUGGAACAUUGUCUGAAGAUGUUUUACAAAUUUUAACAUUUUUAUUACCGGGUACGCCAGUCAUUAGUACAGAUAUUGAUAAAUUGAAGAAUUCAGUUAUAUUAAACGAUUUAAUUAAACUGCGUACAUCACAAACAGUUUUGUUUGGAAAUUAUACAACGUACCUGUUACAAAAUGAUACCAUUUUCGCUUAUACAAGGGAAAAAUCUGGACAGCCUGGAUACUUAGUCCUUUGUAACCCAACAAGUGAAAUUGUCACAGUAGAUGUUACCAGCAUUCCAAGUAUGUCUGAAGAUUUAACAGUUUCAAUUGUUAGUCAGAACUUUACUACAGUAAAACCAAAGUCUAAAGUUUUAGCAACAGCUAUUACAGUUCCGUCAAAAUCAGCUGCUGUUUUUACUUACGUUCAUGCUGAAAAUUAAAGUGUCAAAAUAUAUUUCUCGCAUUUUUAAUCUAAUAACUUAUACGCUGUAAUUGUAAUUAUUUUUUUCUUUUUUUGAAAAUAUAUUGUAUUUAAAGCUUAUUUUAUAAUCCUUCUACUAAAGGUACUUCAAAGAAACAACUUUUCUGCUUAAAAUUAUUUGUCAACUUUUGUUAGUGGUACUUGAAAGUAUCACCAAAAAUUUUAUCGAUGGUUUCUACAUUCCACACAUAAGAGUCUUAUAAUAAUAUGGCAUUUUGUUAUUUAAGACAGCUUAGUGGUUAAGAGAGAAAUAUAUCCAAAUUCUCACUUAAAUAAAUACGGGUUAAACAAUAAAGGAUAAAAAAUUAUAACUCAUAAAAUGUUUAAAAUAAUAAAAUUGAUUAGAUUUCAUUACCUACCCUAUAAGUUAACCAUUUGUUUAAAGAAAAAAAAAAAAAAAAAUUGUAAGCAGUAGUAAAUUUUUUAAGUACCAUUAGUACGUUAAAAGGAUACAGGGAAGUCAAUAUUAACUUUUAAUUAAUCGUACAUCAUCAUCUCAUAAUUAAGUGAUACAUGUUAAUUUCAAUUUUAAAUUUUAUAUUUAUGUUAAAAAUACAAGUUUUGUCCAUCAUUUAAUUACUCUCGUAGUACAAGAGACGGUAUAAAAUCGAUCUUUACCCAUUCGACAACCAGAUGAGACAUAUUUUUAAUCCAGUUUUAUUGAUUUGUAAACACGUCUAUGAUAGCUUGUCUAUCAAAAAGUAUUCAUUUCUAUUUUUAAUUAAUUCUAAUAAAUUUUUUUUCACAGCGAUUUUUGCAGCUCAUAUCAUUGCUUUCGUAAUUAUUAUCUUUCUUCACAAGUCAAUUUAGGUAAUAACUAUACCGAUCUGUUAAUCAAUAGAAAAUGGUUUCAGAAAAAAGAUAAUUUAAUUUAGAAAAUAAAAAACCGUUUUGAAAACAAAUUAAUUUAAUUAAAUAAAAAUAACCACAAACAUUUUGAUAGACAAGCUUUCACAUACGUGUUUAUCAAUAAAUAAAAUCCUUUGAGCAAAUAACAAAAUUUGGUGUGAACCCCACAUUACCUCUGUACACGAAAAUCGUACACAAUUACCAAAUAUGCUUAAGUUGGCGAACAAAAUAAAAUUUAGAUUAAAUUAAUUUUACAUCAGCUCGAUGAUUACAUGCAUUUAAUUAAAU